UUUAAAUUUUUUUCGACACCCUUUCGGAAUAGCUGCUAAUGCUCUCUCGCUCUUUAUUUUCUCUUCUUCCUUACCAUCCCCUCUAUGUUCGUUCCUUCUCUCAAACAAUAUUCUCAAAUAUGCAUUACUCAAAACUCACUUUUAAUGACUCCCGACUUCUCUAUUACCUGUUAAAUCACCGUUUCCAAGAAGCCCGUAACCUGCUCGACAAAAUGCCCCACAGAAGCAACCAUGCCCGCGUUGUUCACUUGACUUCUCUUCUCUCAAAGUUCUCAAGGGAUGGUUUCAUUAAUGAAGCCAAGGCGCUGUUUGAUAUCAUGCCUGAGAGGAACAUUGUUAGUUAUAAUGCCAUGUUGUCGGGUUUUGUACAGUGUGGGAGGAUGAGUGAAGCAAGGAGGUUUUUCGGGGAAAUGCCUGAAAGGAAUGUGGUUUCGUGGACUUCGAUGUUAUGUGGGUUGUUGGAAAGUGGUAGAGUUUGUGAAGGAAAGAAAUUUUUCUAUGACAUGCCUGAAAAGAAUGUUGUGUCGUGGAAUUCUCUGAUUGGUGGGCUGAUUAGGAAUGGCGAUUUGGAGGAGGCAAGGUUGGUUUUUGAUGCAAUGCCGGUGCGUAACAUAAUUUCAUGGAACACUAUGAUUGCUGGAUAUGCUGAGAAUUGUAGAAUGAAAGAAGCUAGAAUUUUGUUUGAGGAAAUGGAGGAUAGGAAUGUGGUUACAUGGACUAGUAUGAUAGCAGGUUAUUGCAGGGCCGGUGAAAUAAAUGAAGGAUAUUGUUUGUUUUGUAGAAUGCCUGAGAGGAAUAUUGUUUCUUGGACUGCCAUGAUUGGAGGAUUUACUUGGAAUGGUUUCUACGAAGAGGCCCUGUUGCUUUUUCUUGAAAUGAAAGGGAACUAUGAAAUAAGACCUAACAAUGAGACUUUUGUAUCUCUUGCUUAUUCUUGUGCUGGCAUGGGAUUUCCUUUUCUUGGCAAGCAGUUACAUGCACAAGUAAUUGUUGAUGGCUGGGAAUGUGAUGAUUAUGAUGGCAGGUUAUCUAGAGGGCUCAUUCACAUGUAUUCAGUAUUUGGUAUCAUGCACUUUGCAUUUUAUAUAUUCAAAAAGAACUUGAAUAACUCUGCCGUUCAAUCGUGUAAUUCAAUGAUUAAUGGUUAUAUUCGUAUUGGACAGUUGGAAGAGGCUCAGUACAUGUUUGACAUAUCACCUAUCAAGGAUAAGAUUUCAUGGACUUCAAUGAUUGAUGGGUAUUUGAGGAUUGGACAAGUAUCAAAGGCUUGUUAUCUAUUUAACAACAUGCCAGAAAGGGAUGCAGUUGCAUGGACAGCAAUGAUUUCAGGUUAUGUCCAAAAUGAACUUUUUGUAGAAGCUAUCUCUUUAUUUUUGGGAAUGAAGGCACAAGGUGUUUUUCCUCUGAAUGCUACAUAUUCCAUUCUUUUUGGAGCUGCUGGAGCUACAGCAGAUCUUGAUCAGGGGAGACAGUUCCAUUGCAUGCUUAUCAAAACACAGUAUGAAUUUGAUUUGAUUCUUGAGAAUUCUCUUAUCUCCAUGUAUGCAAAAUGUGGGGUAAUAGAUGAUGCAUAUAACAUAUUCUCAACUAUGGUCUCUCGGGAUUUGGUUUCAUGGAAUUCAAUGAUCAUGGGAUUUUCACAUCAUGGGCUAGCAAAUGAAGCUCUAAAGAUUUUUGAAGCCAUGCUUGAAUCUGGAAUUCACCCGAAUUCUGUUACCUUUUUGGGUAUUCUAUCAGCAUGUUGCCAUGUAGGCCUUAUCAGUAAAGCAUUGGAAUUAUUUAAUUCAAUGAGGGAUAUAUAUGGAAUUCAACCUAGUUUAGAGCAUUAUGUUUCUGUAAUCAAUCUUCUGGGCAGAGCUGGGAGAAUAAGGGAAGCAGAAGAGUUUGUAUUGAGACUACCUUUUGAACCAGAUCGUGCUAUUUGGGGAGCAUUGCUUGGUGCAUGUGGAUUCAGUGAGACAGGAGCAGAGAUUGCUAAACAUGCUGCCCAAAAACUGCUUGAGCUGGACCCACUGAAUGCACCUGCCCAUGUGGUUCUCUGCAAUAUAUAUGCAGCAAGAGGUCUGUACUUGGCAGAGCAAAAGUUGAGAAAGGAAAUGGGAUUGAGAGGAGUAAGAAAAGUCCCUGGGUGCAGUUGGAUACAACUGAAUGGGAGAGUUCUAACGCUUGAGCAAGAUGCUGAUGCCAGGUUGUAAGCGUUAGAACUUGAGAAGAGCAAACCAUUUGCUUGAGCCAGGAAUGAUAUAGGACUCAAUGAUAAAAUGUUGAAGGCAAGAUGGGGUGGUCCCAUGGCACAUGUGGCCAAGAAAAUCCUUAUAUAUAGUCUUAGAAGAUCAUUAGAAAAUGAAGAAAUCAGAAUAUUUUAUAUGGGCCCAAUUUCGUGGUUAUUUCCCAUUUAAAUAAUAAUCACCAUUUGAUCACUCGGAGAUUUUCGUGCCAAGUAACAUGCAACAAGGAGAUUGGUGAAGAAAUAAAGUUUGCAAAAGCAGAAUGAAGUCCCCGAAUGCCAGCCACAGAGAGGAUACGAUCAAAUACCUACCAUUGCUUUUACUAUGCUCUUUGAGUGCUGGAUAAUGUACUUCUUGAGGCUGUUUUCAAAGUAUAAUGUAGAUACAAAAGAAGAGUUUAAUGCAUUGUGAGUUUUCCUUCUUCUGUCAAAACUUGGUGCCCUUGUUUCUUCCUGAUGAUCACAUAUGGCUUCUUAGCUGUGUAAUUUUAUUCAUUUCCUGAUCAAAGGUGCAUCGUUGAUGCUGUCAGUUUAACCAUUGGGAAAAGGAUUUUAUCAAGCUAACAAAAUGGGGCUAAGACCCAAGAAACUGUUUGACUGCAAAGCUGCAGGCACCUGACUGCUAUCAGGCUAUCAGCAACCCUUGCACAAAGUGAAAUCAUGGCCAAGGAAACACUCACACUUAUUUUCCUUUAUCAAUUUUCAGCAGUUUUAACUUUUAAGUUUUGAACUUGACAGGCAAUAUCUGCUUAAGACACAUACUUGACAUCAAGUGAAAUGGUACAAAGGCAAGAUCUGCUAUUUGUUUAUUUAAGGUAUUAUUCAUUUCCUUUUUGUUUUUCCUUUUGGUCCCAACACACUGAAUAUCUACCGCUUCUGUCUAUAAAUUUGGAAGCCAAAGCCUUCCCGCCAAACAACGAGAACAGCAAAGAAAUGACUGGUCGCUUCAACAGGCUUAUCCUCACUCACUAUCGACAAAUUCCUCAAAGCCCAGAAAAACCUCUCUGAACCCCAACCAAAGCUGUGGCCCAACGAUCACCAACUCAAAAUCCCACGUCACGAGACAACCAACAACAGCGACCAGUCAUUUUAAGAAGAACCCGCCCCAUUUUAUGAGUCUUAGAAUCAUGCACUUGUUUCAAUCCAUUCAACCAAAUCCACACUCAACUCCUCAAGUCUGACCUCCUCCAACACGCUCCCGUGGUGACCCGGGUAUUGAAAAAGCUCUGCAACUCUUUGAAGUCAGUUUCUUAGGCCGUUUUGGUAUUUGAUUGUAUCAAAGAGCCUGAUACUUUCAUUGGUAAUAUUGUGUUGAAGGGUUUUUUGGAUUUUAAUGACCCAUUUGGUGCUUUGAGUUUCUACUAAGAAAAAAUGGUGGGUAAAUUGAUUGAGCAUAAUGAGUAUACUUUUCCAUUGUUAUUGAAAAUUUAUGCUGAGAUUAGGUUUUUGAAAGAAGGGGAAAAGGUUCAUGCCCGGGUUUUGAAACUUGGGUUGGAGUCUAAUUUAUGUGUUAAGAAUUCUUUGAUUCGCAUGUAUUCGUUUUGUGGGCAGAUUGCGAUUACCCGUGAGGUGUUUGAUGAUGGGUUUGUGUUGGAUUUAGUGACUUGGAAUUCGAUGAUUGAUGGUUAUGUGAAGAAUGAGCAGGUUGUGUUGCACGUGAGCUGUUCAAUGAGAUGCCUAAGAGGGAUAAUUUUAGUUGGAAUUCAAUCAUUGCAGGUUAUGCGGGUGUUGCGGAAAUGGAGGUGGCGAGAGAGUUGUUUGAAAAGAUGCUGUUUAGAGAUCUUUUUUCUUGGAAUUGUAUGAUUGAUGGGUAUGCAAGGAUUGAAAAUAUUUCAGAGGCCCGUAAGCUUUUUGAUCAGAUGCCUGUAAGGGAUGUUGUUUCCUAGAACAUCAUGUUGUCAUUAUAUGUUUGAUGUAAGAAGUAUGUGAGCCAGACUUUAAUGUUGUUUGAUAGGAUGAUUGAAAGAACAGAGGUUAGGCCUAAUAGUGCUUCUCUUGUUAGCAUAAUGACAGCAUGUGCAAAUUUGAGGAGGCUUGAUAAGGGCUUGUGGGUACAUUCUUUUAUUGACAAUAACAAGAUCAAAUGCAAUGUUACUUUCAACUACUCUGUUGACAACGUAUGCAAAAUGUAGGGGUAUGGAUUUGGCUAGAGAUGUUUUUGAUCAGAUGCCUGACAAAAAUGUGUUCUCAUGGACUUCCAUGAUCACAGGAUAUGGUAUGCACGGCCAUGUUGAGAAAGCCCUUGAGAUGUUCAUUGAUGUGGAGAAGAGAGGUCGAAUGCCUGAUGCUGCUACUUUUCUCAGUUGCUUAUCUGCAUGUAAGAAGGCAGGAAAGGUUUUUGAGGGUUGGUGGUGCCUUGAUAUAAUGUGCUGAGUUUACAAGAUUGAACCCGAGGUGGAGCACUUUGGUUGCAUGUUUCAUCUACUUAGGUUGGUUUGGUGAAACAUUCAAAAGGGCUUAAGGGGAAGAUGCCUGUGCAGGCAGGGGCUGCCCUGUGGAGAGCUCUGCUUUCUGCAUGUAGGACCCAUUCGAAAUUAGGGCUUGGAGAGCUCAUAGCCAAGCGGCUAAUUGAGUUGGAACCGAUGGAUGUUGGGCCAUAUGUAUUAUUAUCUUACAUAUAUUCGGUGAAAGAGAAGUGGGGUGAAGUAGAAAUUAUUAGAAAGUUCAUCAAAGAUAGGGAAUUGUCAGAAACAAGUGCAUCACCGCAUCAGAGAACCAUGAUAUACUCUAUGUUGAUGGAGUUGGGCGUUCAGUUAAAACUGUCUUGUGGAGAUUCUUUUGGGGUUUAAGAUUUUGGGGAGAAUGAAAUGAUUGGAAAAACGCACAAAAGGAACUUGUAGCUGGUCAAAGAAUAAAAAUUCCAGAGAAUACAUCUCUAGAAAAGGGCAUGGGUAGGGCAAUGGCUACAAUUAUAUAAACAUAACAACUGGAUGGGCUUAGAAUAUCCGACUGCAGUUUAUCAGGAUAAGGCCACGACAAUGUAAAGCUGAAGAGUUCGUUCAGCUUUUGCUAUGCUAUUCGAGAAUCUAGUUGGAGAACUUCCCUUCUUUCUGCACCUGCUUCAAGUAGGGAUUAUCACCAAACAGUAUCAUCUUACUUUGCCAUUAUUUGGCACAUCUUUCUUUAAUACCUGGUAGCAAGCACCACAACCAACACCAUUACGGUAGAGUUCAGACGCUGUGGAUACAUCUCCACCAUUUAUUGUUGCUCCAAAGGAGCCAAAACCGCAUGCACCUACUGGAAUUCAAGUUUGGAUAGUAGGCUGCUCGUGAAUGGGUGAAACAGUUGCUGCAUGUUGCUGCCUCUGCCAGACUUUGUGUGAGAAGCAAAGCUGCGAAAAGGAUCAAAAGGGAUUGAAGAGAAAGAGCCAUAGAGGAUUCAAUGAGCAAAGACAAUGAAAUCAAAGAAGAUAAGGGCAUGGAAUAACGGGGUCUGCAGCUGGUAUUUAUAGUGAAGCAAGCAGCCAAAAUAUCGUAGUCUGGUGAAGCCGAAGGAGACAAGAGAAGAAAGAUGAUGCAUUGCUGUCCUCAGAAUAACUUAUUAUGCUUUACAUUCACUUUCCUCUUCUUUCUCUACUUUGCAUUGACAAUUGGCUGUGAUAAAUUUAUUACAGGAAAGCAAAAUUUUCUAGCAUCUUGGAAGGAAAAUCCGGUUAGGUUUUCUGACAGAUUUUUCCAUUUGACAGGCAGGAACGUGAAAUGUUUUGUACAGAGGAGAGAUCAGAGAUGGCUUCGACUGAUUCAAAAGAAACCAAUACCAACUAGAUAUUAGGAUUUAGCAUGCAUAUCAUGGAAGUUUUGGAUGAUUAAUUCAAACAAUAGUAUUGGAUGAAUCAAGUAUUUGAAAUGUUAUUGAAUCUACUUUUCCUCAAGAGCCUGCAGUGCUUUUCGUUGCUUGCACCCACCAAAGCAGUACCACUUGAACCCUCGAGGACAAUGAGAACCAUGCCAAAGCUAUAUCGAGGUAUUGCUCGUCCUAUUCUUAUUCCCUUCAGUAUUACUUUGGGUGAAAAAGCAGCCAGACAAAGGAGAAUUUCUCAACUUGGAGAGUAACAGUACGUAAUCGUUUGAUUCUCUUCUCCCACGUUUCAAUUCAAGCUAUAAAGUUGUACAAAGCCAUCAGUUCCAAGCCCGUUGAAAGCAACAUCCCUAGUGCUCCACUCACCUUGGGCACUGCACUGUUUCUCUUGUAAGAUCAACGAGAAUGAGCGUUAGGGCCUGCCCCUAAGUUCUUAAAGAAAUUUCUCACAAAUAUUACUAGUAUGUUAUAUCUAAGAAGAAGUAUAUCUUUCAAAUUUAUAUUCGACUUUUUCAAUC